CAGCCUACUUUUCAACAGAUAACAAACAAAAAUCACCGUCAUAUUUAAAUAAAUAAAGUAUUGGAUUUGGUUCAUAAACACCUUAUCUAUUUUCAUAAAUACCCCAUUAUAGAUAUUUUACAAUAAUAAUAGAAGGUUUUUUUAAUGGGAGAAGUACUAUUUGUGUCUGUAUAUAAAUGUUACAUGGGACUUGGUUCAUAAACACCUUAUCUAUUUUGAAACGUUGUCGCCGAACUCGGAACGAUGAGCCUGUUCGUUCCUUCGUUUGAAACGGACCAAGAUGAACAAGCUGAACGCAAGAUGGAGACGCAGACGCAGACGCAGACCGUUGGUUGCGCCUGGAGGUUCAAAGGCAACAGUGCGGCCAAGGAAGCGGCCAGCGUCUCGAUGAAAGGUAACCUCGCCAGGUUAUUCGACAACUGCAGCAAAGAAGUUAAAAAGACUGUUUUACCCCUCGGUCACGGCGACCCUACCAUCUACCCUUGCUUCCAGACUUCCGCUGAGGCUGAGGAGGCCGUCGUCGAGUCCUUACGAUCUGGUGGCUCCGUCAACUCCUACGCCCCUGGGGUCGGCAUUUUACCGGCCAGGAGGGCGGUGGCGACUUAUCUCAACCGGGACCUUCCACAUAAGAUGAAAGCAGAUGAUAUAUUUAUGACGGUCGGGUGUUGCCAAGGGAUAGAGACCAUGGUUCAGGCUCUAACCGGACCAAAGGCCAAUAUCUUGCUCCCCAGUCUUGUAUAUCCUCUGUACCAUAGUCACGCAAUACAUAGCUUGGUGGAGAUUCGAAAGUACGAUCUCCUCCCCGACCAAGACUGGGAGAUCGAUCUUCAAGGCGUUGAAGCCCUUGCAGAUGACAAUACCAUCGCUUUGGUGAUAACUAGCCCGCACAACCCCUGUGGAAAUGUCUACACAUAUGAUCAUCUAAAGAAGGUGGCUGAGAUGGCAAGGAAGCUAGGGAUCAUGGUUAUUUCUGAUGAAGUUUAUGAUAAAACUAUAUAUGGAGAGAAUCCAUUUGUCCCGAUGGGGAUAUUUGCAUCGAUUGCUCCCGUGGUUACACUCGGGUCCAUCUCCAAGGGAUGGCUCGUCCCUGGCUGGCGAAUUGGUUGGAUUGCGAUGAAUGAUCCUACUAAUGUUUUCAAAACCACCGGGGUCGUUGAAUCAAUCAAGGAGCAUCUCGACAUAAGUCCCGAUCCAUCAACUAUACUACAGUUUGCACUUCCAAACAUCUUGGAGAAGACAGAGAAAGAUUUCUUCGAGAAGAAUAACUCGAUACUGAGGCAAAACGUAGACAUGGCCUUCGAUGCCCUCAAGGAUAUUCCUUGCCUCAUCUGCCCCAAGAAGCCCGAGUCGUGUACUUACUUAGUGGCGAAACUGGACAUAUCGCUCUUGGAGGACAUCACAGAUGACUUUGAUUUCUGCAUGAAGCUGGCCCGAGAGGAGAAUCUUGUCCUUUUACCUGGAGAGGUUUUAGGACUGAAGAAUUGGGUGAGAAUUUCGAUCGGAGUGGAGAGAUCGAUGCUAGAAGACGCUUUCGUAAGGCUCAAAGGCUUCUCCUCUCGCCAUAUCAAAACGCAAUUCACCAAAAAACUCAGCUUCAUUGUCGGAACCUGAUCAUACCCAAAUCUUUUGUUUACUCUGUGUGUGCCCGUAUAUGCGUAUGCUGUCCGUUAAAACGUCGUUGUCAAAACUUGAUGGCUCGAGCUUAUUAAUAUAUAUUUUAACCAUGUUGGAAUAAUAAUACAUGUCGAGUUGAGAAUAAAGAAUAUUUGAUGAUGCAACCAUUUAAUAUACCAUUUAUAAUUAUUGCUGAUGAAUAAUACUACGUAGUUUAUUUUUUUCAUUUUACCAUAAGGUUUUAAAUAUUAAGUAUUCAUAUA